AUGGGCAUGCACAUACAUCUUAUUCUUAUGAAUCAUAUUACAUCAUGCACUCCCAUCACCAAUAAAGAUACGAGUGGAAAUCUUGAAAUUUAUGUUUUAUUUGGAUUCUCUGUAAAUGCUCGAUCAUAUCGAAUUCCACGUUAUGAUGAAAAUGAUGGAUGUGCGAGGAUUCAUAAUGAAUAUAUUUCGAAAAACACAACCUUUUUCACUUAUACUGAUGUAAGAGAUUGUUACAUGAAUUUCCCAUUCGACAAAGAAAUAGCUUCUCAGACAAUUCAAACGCUUGACGCGUUGUUUCAUGGAUUUUAUCCGUUUCUGUAUAAGGCAAAAGAACCACCACAAAGAGAAUUUCAUUUUAAACCGAUAGAUCUACUGGUCCAAUUGAACCGUUUACAAAAAAGACGUUAUGAUACUUUAUUUCAAUUUAUGGACGGUGUUAGAAAACUUAUUUUUGAAUUGAGAGAUGCACACACGAGUUUUAUAACAAAUUGUUUUUCAUCAUUUGUUUUUUAUACGAACUUAACAUUAUAUUCUAUUGUUACUGAUGAUGGUGUGCAGAAAAUCAAAGUUUUCAAUGACACCAUUGAUCCUACUAAUAUUAAUUGUGAGGUAACUCAUAUUGAUGGUCGCCGAGCGAUUCAAGUGAUUACCGAAUUUCCUAAUUACAUCUCAAAAGAUCUUGGCGUACGAUUUAACGUAGCUCUUGAUGUUAAUUAUCCAGGAAUCACAUUUUUCACUAGAGUUGAUUUACCAGAAACACCAAGUAUUACUUACACUUUAAAUUGUGAUAACCAUCCUAAACUUGUUAAAAGAAAUUGGAGUGUGAUUGGUAUUCAAACAAUUCUAAAUAAUUUCAAUAAUUCGAAAACUUAUUUUUCCAAUAUUUGUAAAAACUCUACAAACGAUUAUUAUCAACAACUUAUUGCCAAACUUUUAGAAAUUAAAGAAGCACACAAGAAUGUUCGUGAAUUGAAAUCGAAUGAACAUGUUAUUACAAUAAUAUAUGAAAUUGUAGACUUUAUUAGCUUUUUUAAAGAACAAGAUUUUGGCAUUGUUAAAAUUAAGACUGAAGAUGUUCAUUUAAAUAAUACUUUGGCUGUUGAAAUUAUUACAGGAUUUCAAGCAUUGGCAAAUACAGGAGUUAAAAAAGUAGUCCUUGAUUUAUCCGACAAUCUUGGUGGUUUUGUUCUAAUCAGCAACUUUAUCAAUCUACUCUUAUUUCCUGAUGCAAACACAUUCUAUAAUAUGGAUAUCAGAGUCACUAAACAAUUUAAACUUGUAUUGCAAGGUCUAGUAAAUUUGAACGAAAUUGUUUCUUCAACAAAUCUAACAAAAUUUCAAUAUGUAGAGGAUCUUAUUGGUAAUAAUUUUUAUACACGUGGUGGUGUUACCGAACGUUAUUCAAACAGAUUUCUUAUAAGUAAUCCAUAUGAAUAUAAAGAUUUAAUAUCUCGGCACUUAAUAGCUCCUCUACCUUGGAAAUCUGAUGAUUUGAUUAUUUUAACAAAUAGUUUAUGUGGAUCUUCUUGCGCUCUUAUCGCAGAAGGUGCUGCUGAAGUUAAUAACGUAACUACUGUAGCGGUUGGUGGAUUUGUAAACUCACCUUUGUCAUAUUCUUCUUGUCAAGGUGGAGUUGUUAUUGAUUCAACACUCAUAUUUAAUAUUAUAUCUAAAUUAAAUUUACAAAAUAAUACAUUAAUGCCUAAACCUUUUAUUCUUGGUGGAAAACUUACAAUUCCUUCUUCUGAAUUUUACAGCAUAAAAAACUCUGAUAAAAUAUUAGAAUUUUUGUAUAGGCCUGCUGAUUUUAGACUUUUUUAUGAUGAUAAAAAUUUUAGAGAUCGAUCUAUAUUAUGGUCACAAGCUGCUGCUUUUAUAGGAAGGAAACCUAAGAUUUAUUCCUAA